AUGGCGGAAGCAGAAGUGUCAGUCGUACCGGUAGAGGAAGAAAGAGCACUAGAUGAACAAAAUACUACAUCAAUGGAAAGCGUGUCGAAUGAUUCCGGCGAUAAAAUAGGAAAUUUGACAAGCAGUUUAUCAAAACUUGGUACAAGAGAAGUGCAGUARAACUGGAUUGAUCUCACCCAGGAAUUUAAAAGUGCUUCCACUGAAUUAAACCAUGGAGAACUUGUGCAUGAUAAUCUGUUUGGCUUAUUUGAAGCAAUGUCAGCUAUAGAGAUCAUGGAUCCCAAGAUGGAUGCUGGAAUGCUAUGUAACAAAACUAGAAAAGUUGUUCAGUUCAAGCAGUCUGUAGAGGUGACAUGGUUAGAUGGUCAUUCCCUUGUGCAGACUGUAUUUAUAUGUCUAUAUAUGCAUGAUCCUUUUCUUAUUCAAGACCCUUGUCUUAAGGCAUUCUGUGUUGCUGUGUUGAAGUGCUGUGAGUUUAUAAGAAUUGCUGUAAAUACUGCCCAGGUCUUCGAAGAGGAAGACUURCAGUCAAUGACAUAUGGUUUUAAAAUGGGUAGUCCUGUCAGUGAGCCUAGAGCUGCAGGAAUGCUGAAAGAAGCAGAAGAAGAAAUUGCUAAGAAAAUAAAGAGUGCUAGAGUGUCAAUAAAAACAGAUCCCAUGACAACAGAUCUUCAGUUGAUAGUAUGGCAAAGCAACAAAUAUUUUGGUAAAAUACCGGGCUGUGAUGUAGUACGAGAUGCCAUCAAAGCAUUCAACAGCCCUCCCUCUAUUGCUGAGAAAUCUUCAUUGAGUAGCAAUCCUAAAGCAAAGGAAUUGUCAGAGGCAUUCAUCAACAGAGCUGUGCGGUCCAUGAAUUCAGUCAUCCAUACACUUGGUCACAAUCGAGCCAGACAGAGAGACAAAUUAGGUCAGCUACUGGAGGAGUUUGCUACUUUACAAGAUGAGGCUGACAAAGCAGAUUCUGAGCUCCAUUCAAUAUUAACCAAGUAUGAACCCCAACGACAGCACUUUGCUUGCUUUGGAUCAUGGGUAUUAUACCACACCCUUAACAUCAUGAUCCAAUAUCUGACUGCAGGAUUUGAACUGGAACUCUAUAGUCCUUAUGAAUAUCAUUAUAUCUACUGGUAUUUGGACUUUUUAUUUGGGUGGCACAUGACUUGUUUGAACAGAGCAGAGAAGUUACUGCAAGCACAAGAGAUAGCAUUAGAGCAAAAGAGUGGUAGAAGUGGGAAGAAGAAUAAGAAGAAAAAGAAAGCAAGUGAGAAAGCAAUUCAAGAACACCAGGGAAUGCGUCAUUUGUACCAGGGCAUGAGAUAUCUUUGUCAAGGUUAUCUCAGGUCACUGGAGGGGUUUGAAAUCGAUGGAAAAUUAAAACGACCAAAUUUUGAAUUUGGUUCAGAACAGAUUCGUUUCGAACGUCGUUUUUUACCAUUCCAAGCCGUCGAUACUCCACAGCCAAUGUAUUAUGGUCACUACAAGGAAUUCACCGACAUGUCUAAGAACCAAGAUGCUAAGGCACACGAUCUUUUUGUUCUGUCCGCAAAUUCCUUCCACCAAGCAAAGCAGAUCUUUGAACUUGUAUCAAACCUACACGAAGAGGUCGCUCUUCUUCUCAAGGUAACGAAAACCAAUCUCGUUGUGAUGAAGCUGGCUGCUGGCGGGCACAAACGGGAUUCAUCGAACGUGCCGAUGUUUGAGUUCUCAUGUCAUCGUGCUUUUCCCAUCAUUCGACUGUAGUGUACUGCAUGACUGUKGACACUUCGUGCGUGACGUGGUCUUUACGGAAUUUCCUGCGUGACGUAUGUCAUGCGUGUUAAAAGUUCUUCCAAAUAUGGUGAUUUACUUUAUGCAAUGACUGGGAGCUUGACGAUGGUCACUACGGAAUGUCCUGAUUGACUUUGUCUCCUAAGAACUUCAAAGCUGUUAUCGUAGUAUCUGUGUUAUACGUCUAGCCUUCWUGUCCCAUGUUGGAAGGAUGAAYAGCUAAGACUUACGUGAUUGAAAAGAGUACAGUACAUMAUAAAAUUAUCACUCGCUUUGGUUUUAACCGGGAAAGGGAAUAUUSGCCAUGUCCAAGCAUAGACUCUUUUUCUUCAACCCGACYUGUGCAAUGUAGUCUAUAGGCUAAACUAAUAUCUUCCAAAUGCAUAAGUUUGAGGAA